CGAGUGGCAAUUUAUUCCAUGAUUGGUAAAAAAAACACCGGCUCAUCGAAUUGAACCUGAAAAUCAACAUAAUUAUAAAAAAAUGCACCAACCAGUGAAACAACAACAGUGUAUUAAUUGUUAAAGCCAUCGAUCAGUGCGCGUAAUUGUUAUUUUGUGACAAAGAGAGAGUACUCGUCACAACCAACAAAAAAAGCAGAGAAGGGUGGAAAAUUUAAAACAAAUAAAUAAAUAAAUAAAAAAUACAGCGUCAGUGUGGGUGUGUGAGUGCGUUUGCGGAAAAGUGUCAACCACGUGAACACGACCUCCAAACGGCAGCGCGUGACACGUGUACCUCGUGGUCGUCGGCGGGCCAUAAAACGUGAAACGAAGUAGGUAGUAGCAGUGGCAGCAACCAACCCACUGGAUUAAAGUGUUUCGGGGGUGGUGGGGAUAAAUUUUCCGGCGCCAGCGACCGGAUCAUCGACAAGGAAGAGAAGAAGGAGGGGGUAGUUGUCGUACUGAUUGUGAAUCAGCCACCACGUGGCGCGGUGGGGUUGGAGGAAAUUAAUAGCGGCAGCUGUGCGAAGAAUAAGUGCGUGGGUGGAUGGUGAAUAAAAAUAAUUAAAAUUUAUGCCACCGUUAAUGGCGAAAAUAUAACCGGUGGAAAGCACACAGAAUGGGCUGCAAAAUUAAUUCAUCCUCCAGGUGGUGGUGGUGGUCCUGCUGCCGGUGAAUGAAGUUAACCCCGGUGAAAAUUCUCACUCUUGGCAAAGCGUGGAAGAAGGUGGAAAAUUCCGCAAGUAAAUCGAAUUAAUGGUCUGCGAAGAAAAGCGUCCAAACCGAGUGUCGAGUCAAGUCCUGGAAAACAAGGACACCAGAGUGGGUGAAUGAAUGAGGAGAAAAGUCACAGAGUGACAAAGUGACGUUUUGCGUGGGGAAAACCCCCGAGGAAAAUUCAGCUCGAGGAGAAGCAGACACCAUCUUGACUGGUGUUGUUGGGGGUUGAGCCGGAGAUAAGCAGAAAGGAGGAGCAGUUCAUCGUGAAGCUGUGAAAAAAAUAAACUUAAGAAAGCAGCUAACAGCCAUCGUCGCCACAUCGAGCCACCAAUCAUGCCGCAGCCAUCGUCCCCGGAACAUCCGCAGAUCCCCCAUUCCCCAACCGUCCCACUCCAGUCCUCACGCUCCUAGUCGGCUCGAGAUUCCUUACCCAGAACGCCAUGAUCUGCACAACCCGCGAACAUUUUUCUUCUCACGCCGGAAAUCGACGCAGGAAGACCGCGUCACCGCGCCAAAUCGAUUGACGCGGGUCACGUGACCAUGUAAGCCACCACCAAGAUCACACAUACACUUGGGACACGGCUGAUAUUCACAGACACACACAGACAAAACAAACAAUCGCAGAGAGAAAUCAAUAGGAAACGCAUACGCUUAAACUAGUGUGGGUAUUCGGUUAUUUUUGUAAGGAGGGUUAACGAAUUACGUUACAUUUUAUAUAAGGUUGUAUUUGUGAGAGAUAUUUUAAGAGCCCCGGCGGCGUUGCGUCCAGGAGGUUAGUCCAGAAACAAAAGUGAAUAUUUUUGUACCGUUUAAUCGUUGUGAUUGUAGCAGGAGAUACGCAACACACAAGUAUUAUUGUUAGAGUGUCAUCCCUCUGUAUUUGUAACUCUCUCUCUAUGUGUUAGUUGACCGUACGCGCAAUAUAAUCCCAUAAGUGUCUUAAGUAAGUUACACACACACAGACAGUUUUUUGCCCCCCGCACAAUUCAAACAAAAGUGACGUUGAUAAUCAAUAGAGUGUGUGUGAGAGAGAGAGAGGUUAGGAAUCGUGUAGGUUAGGUUCGUGACUUGAAUUUAAAAAUUCAUCGGGCUCAUUUUGUCAUUCAUAAAGAGGUUCCCUGCUGGAGAAGGAGCAAAACAGCAACAACAACAACAACCAUAGUAAUCAGACAAUACUCAUGAAUAAGUUAGAGUGCAACUAGUUGCUAGUUGUUAGUAUUAGUGUGGGUGUGGGUGUGUGCGAGAGUGAGACGGCACAAGACCAGCUUGUUAACGAGUUAUUGAUUUUUCGUUGCUCGAAGCUUGGCCCAAGCUCUAAUAGGAUGAGUGUUCCGACAAAGGCUGAUGAGAUCCGGUCCAGCAACGCUAGAACUAAUGAGAUUUGCCAGAGCUGAUGGGUUACCGCCCCGUUCCCUGGAGGGAGACUAGAAAUUAGUUAGCUUAGUGUUGGUCCCCGCACUCUCUGGUGGUCCUGCCGUAUACAAAGUUAGACUUGAGCAAACUUUUUGGAAAUAUUUUUAUCUUCCAGCGCUAAACACCAGUGUCCCAGAACCAGUUGGGGGCACGUAAUCCUCGACUAGAUGAGCUAGUGGCCAGCUGGAAUUGAAUCAGUUCUGUUUACGUUGAUGAGAUGUAUCGAUCCGUUGCAAAAGUACACAUUGUAUACCUGUUUUCUCAGUUAGGGUUUUGAUACGAAACAAGAGAGAGUUAACGAUUUUGAGUUUUUUGCUCUGUUUAUGCUCGGUAAUCAACGAUCAGCUGUUAAAUCUGUCCAACCAGCAAAGGAACUUGUUAAAAGCAACAAAGAAACGUUUCACGAAACACCCAGAGAGCAUUAUUGAACGAAGAGUAGUUUUUGUAUUUGUUUACAUACCGAAUCGAGAGUCCCUAGGAGUUUAUUGAACGAGAGAACGCUGGAAUUGCAUCGAUUUUUUCUGCGAUUUUGUAACGUUUUAUACACUGGCGCAGCUACCGGAAUACCAAAGUUUAUAUUCACUAGAGAGAAACCAGAACAAAAUGCUGCAUGAAUGUUAGGCGAAAGUGGCGUUUCACGCUUGAAGGUGUUACUUUUCUAGGGAGCUUUAAAUGUCUGUAACUACUACUGUUAGGAAAGAAAUCACACACACACACACACUUACACACAAACACACGUUGAUACCGAUACUAACACAUUUAUCAAGUAUUGCAACAAACCCACACGAAAACGGAAGAUCUUAAUUUUUAGGAGAAACUAACCAAAACAAAACAAACCGCUAGACUCUAUCGUUAUUAUCUGACUAGAAGAACUGUGUACACUAAGCGCCCUUUUGAUAACUGUCUACAAGCUGUUUAGUAGGAGAAGAACAAUGUUCGAACUUUAUGUGCGCGCCUACGAAUGAAUCCCUGAGUCCCCCCUCCCUAACCCCCUUAAUCACGUGUACAUCCUUCGCAUAACUGUGGCUUGAUCGAACAACAAGAACAACAACAACUAGAUGUUACUUAGCACUAAUCUAAACUAAGGAAUCUACUGGCGAAACAACAGCAACAACAACAACAUCAGUCUCUCUCUUUCUUCGAACUGACUUAAUCAACUCGAACUCACACACACACACAUACCAAGAAGAAUAAGCGCGACACGCACAAUCUACCACCACCACCACCAACGAAAGCGCCAAGAUGUAUGCAGCAGCCGGCGGUGCCUCGCUGGCUUCCCGGCAGGCCCGCAAGAAGCAGGCGGCCCAGAACAGCAAGAACAAAGCCUCCAACCAGCAGAUCCUGCGGGAGAAGCUCGCGGCCAAGGCAGCCACCACACCGACCAAGAGCAAACAUUUCCACCAGCUGCCGGCGUCGUACCUGAAGGCACCCCACCAACACCAUCGCAAGCUGAGCGCCGGCUACACGACCGUGCCCGGCUACGACCAGCACCAAAAGUCGCUCCUCCCGAUCAGCGAGCAGUCGUCGUCGUCCGGCCAUGGCCAUCACCACCACCAUCCGCACCAUCCCAUCUCGGGUCACACCCCCGGCCAGGCUCCCAAUGCACAUCCGACCUACAAACCGACCGGCUUCCGCGAGUACGACAAACUGGUAAGGCGUCAACAGCUGACGCGAUCCGCUACCGCCACCCUGCCGCUGGCCUCGCAUGCCCACGAUGGGUCACCGCCGCAAACGCCAACCUUUUUCUGCCCGGAGCAUCACCACCACCAUCAUCACCACCAACAGCUGCAGCAGCAGCAACAGCAACAACCCCAGCAGCAAUUCUCACAACCCUUGCACCUGCAAAUCCCCAACGAUCCGAUCAUCAUCACUCCAGCCACCCCGCAAGCCACACCCCCGGGCAAGCUCAGCUUGCCGCUGCAGCACACGACCGCCGACGCCGACGGUGGCCUGGGUCGACCCCUAACGCCAUCCCCGGGACUGCUCGAGCGCAAGUGCAGCGUCUACCGGAACCGCAAGCUGGACGACGUCUGCGACGAACGCUGCUACGCCAACUACACGACAAUAAACAACCACCAGGCGCAGAACCAACAUCCGGACGAUGUGUACUUUGGGCCCGGGUUCCCAAACGGAACGGACGGACAGCAGCAGCAGGGGUACGUGUGCAAGUGGGACACCGAGUACUACUGCUGCGACGCCGAGCACCGACAGCUGGGGGUCUGUACCUGUGAUCACUCCGAGUGUGCCCAGGGUCGUGCCGCAUGGCUGGAACGCGGUAGACGAUGCAGCGUGCAAGAAGCACCCGCCUCCUGCCAUCGACGAUGGGUCAAACGUAAUCGGAUACAAGACUCAUCGUUGGGUGGCUCCUCGGACGAUGAAGACUUACUCGGUGUGCUGCGAGGCCCCAGUUCAUUCGCCAAUGCCUUCCUUUACGUAGGUUUAGGUACGAUAGCAAUUGGAUUAGUAAUAGCGUUCGUCGGUACCGGCGAGAAAGGAUUCAAAACAGUUGAACUAAGACUAAUCGGACCGUCGUUAAUCGGUCUCGGCUUAUUUUGUUGUAUAUUGCGUAUCCUGUUUUGUAUAUGUCCGUCACACUGUGUAUCAUCUAGUCGUAGAGCGCGGAACAAGAAAAACGCCAAGAUAGACGCCGAUCACCGGACUUCCCUGUUGCGCGGCGACAGCAAACGAGUAUCGAUAGCACGCGGACCUCACAUACCGACUAAACAACCGCAAAUCUACCCCAAGUCGAUAGUGAAAACCAAAACGUACGAAGGCGUGGAAGCACUCCGGCAGAUUGCCACCACUUCGCUGUUUCUCCAAAACGAGCAGAAAGUUUCAUCGAAUCGCAUCGUGCCCAUCAUCAAGGAGCCGGAGAAAGUAGAGGAACCACCUUUAGAGCUCAAGAAGAUCGACCCCCUCAAGGCUGAUACGCUUAGUGUGAUAGACAUCGUUAGUAUAUCCGACGGUGAGGACGACGAUGACGACGACGGAGACGACGCACGCAGCCACCGGCACCGUCCUCAUCAGCAGCAGACGCAGCCGUAUUCCGACACUCAGGUGAUAGAUCUUACAGGUGAAGACGAACAAUCACAUUCCGCGGGGUCGCACCACCAGCGGAAGGACAGCAAACUGCGGCGGCAGCGGACCUCGUUGAAUCAGUCCCAGAAGCCGAACGGAACGACGGACACUUCUUCGUCGUCACUGUCUCCCGGCGGCCCUGCCAGUCCGGGUCUGCUGAUGGAGACUUCGCUGAUGAUCAUCGGGGCCACGCCGGUCAGUUCGCCGACCAAACCGCCGCAACAAUCAAGCAACCUCACGGUCCCCAUGGGAAAUGCGGCCACGAGUUCCCUGCCUGGCGGGCUGACCCCGUCGUCCAAGUCCGCCUUCGGAGCGACCUCGGUUGCUCCCAGCAUACACAACAACGGGACGGCACCCUCGUUGCUGCCCGGGUCCCUGUCUCCGGUGCCGUCGACCUCGUACCUUCCCCACCCCCACCACCAUUCCCCGCUGUCGCCACCGGCUAUCCAUCACGCCAGCAGCAGCAGUAGCAGUAGCAACUAUCUCCUGUCACCACCGCCCAUGUCCGGCGGCGGAUCUUCCGCGACCAGUCCCGUCCUGACUGGACCCAAGCCGCAGCCACAUCAUCACCAUCAACACCACCACCACCACCAUCAAGAUCCGCAUGCCAUCAACGCCAUCACGACGACGGCGGCCUCAUCAUCGCUACAAUCAUCAUCAGCCGUGACCACUACCAAGACCGAACCGGAACUAGUGUUAAGUCCAGCGAAACUAGGACAGUAGGUAAAAACUAUACACAAUAUAUAGAAAGAGAGAUUUUUUCCUAAAAACAAUGCAGACGCAACACACAGAGAGAAGGCAAUAGCAGUAGGAACUGGGGCAAAACGGGCAACGGCGAGUGUUCGAAUAGCUGGAGCUGUGUUACCAAUCUCAAGGGAGGAACAUUGAUUUUAAAUCAUCCAUUUUAACCUUGCGGAACUCAAAUAUCCAAAAUUUCGUGAGCAGUGAUUCGAUUGUCUCACCUUCACUCGCGAGCACAAAUCGGACGCGACGCAAAACAUCAAUCACUUCUGAUCACUCUCUCUUCAGCUCUCCCUCUCUCUUUUCGAUAGGCUAAAAUGUGUUUUGCUCAGAUGGCCGAUCACUUUCUAUCACUACCAUAAACCAAUCACAACCAAUCUCUGUCUCCUCUGCUCUCCCUCUCUUUUUGUUCGGCUAGUGAGAAAGUUGCGAGUGUCAUUAUUCACAAGAGUAAGAAAAGGGUUCAUUUAUAUUCUCUUUUCUCUCAAUUCUCUCAAAGAAGUUCCUAUUCAUCAUACAUUCAAAAAUCUUCGAUUUCCUUCGUUUUCCUUUUCAUGUCCCUUCGGGUACUGUUCGUGUUGUGUUUGUUUGUUUUUGCAUACAUUUGAGUUCAUCUUUCAUGCAUUUAUGUAAGUUCACGUUUUUAAAUUAACCAACGAAAUCGAGAACAGUCUGAGUCAGUUUGCUCUUGUGUGAGUUUUGCCGAAAACCGAAGUAUUUUAAACAUUUCAUGAAGGAUUUAACUGUCAGCUAACCAAAUUUGUAGUAUUAUUCCUGAUGUUUUUUAUGCAGCGAGUAACGAUGCUUUCGUACAAUUUAAAUUCUGUCCAUUUUUGUCAGCAUAAAAAGAGGUGAUCAACUGAACCGCUCCUCUCGUGAUACUGUAAAAGUAAUCUAACGUGUAUAUCAAUUUUCAUAACAAAUCUUUUACCAAGAGCAAGAAUCGAAAAGAGAAAAUAUUUAUUCUCUCUUUCGGGAGCCAUUGAAGAAAUAAAAUAUCAAACGAUUAAGAUCGAGAGUUUCAGUGAAAGGGUUUCUGCUCUCUCAAAAUGUUUUAGCUCUCCACUGUCAAAUUGACGAAAUCCUGUUCAUGAGCAACGGAUACAAAAAGAUUUAUUUUAGGGUAUUUAUUCAAAUUUUUUUCUAAUUUUCAGAAAAAAAAAUCCUUAAAAUUUUCAAAAUAAAUUAUCCGAGAUAAAAGCCAGGCUUUUCAGAUAUGCGAAGUUAUUAUUUUUUAAUUUCAAAUCUUUUAAAGGAACUUAUUCAUAAUCAGAAUAGUAUAUUUGAAUGCAAGAAUACAUUUUUUUUUGCUUUUUGGGGAAAAAAACCAUGCCAAGAAAAUAAUUUAUAAUCGCUUUCUGAUGAAUGAAAUAAUCAAAAUCAAUGUUCCAAUCUUGCAAAAGAUUGGCUCAAACAUACAGAAAGCCAGCACACCAGCUCAGCAUUGCGAAUUGAAGUAACGCCGGAAAUGAACACCUCCUCUCAGAAAUCAGAGCAAGUCUUUUCUAAUUGAGCAGAUGAAGAAAAAUGAAACACUUCUGGCACCCACAGCAGGUGCUCCACAUUAUAUAUUUAUAUACAAAAGUAAUAGGAACAAAGAAUAAUACAAAAACGAGAAGCUCGGAGGAGAACCAAUUUCCUGAAUUCGAGGCCGAUCACUCUAGCUAAAACUUAUUGAAAAUUUGACAAAAUUCUCGAAACGCACGAGCAAACUUUCGUGGGCAGAUGCAGAAAAUUUUGUUUGAAAAAAAAAAUCAUGUUAUAAUUUCAAUAUUAUUUGUCAAAUAAUUCGUUAUGCGAAACUGAAUACUCAGAAAAAAAACAUAAGUUUGUAAAAUCACAGGAUGUUUGAGUUACAAAGUUAGGUUAAUUAUGCAUCUGCCACGAAAAAGCUCAAUUGAUAAUACCGGAAUCAGACAAUUUAAACAGAAAAAAAACACGAAAACUUCCAAAAAGUCUACUUAACGCGUGCUGUCGAACAGAAAAUUAACCAAAAAAGGAAACAACAUCAGAAAAGGCACAACAAAGAUUAUGUAAUUAUUUAUCAGCGCAACAAAUGAUGUAAGGUGAAUGCAACUAAAAUUAAACAGAAGAAAGAGAAUAAACCGAAAGAAGUCCACUUGAAACGUCACACACAAAUAAGUCAAAUUAUGCAAAACUUUGUUAGUUGAACCGUUCAAACUAUAUAUAUUUUAAGUGUCCCAAAACUGCAACAACAAAUUACUUUAGCAAACUGUUACCUAAGUUAUAAGCUGCUGUGAGACGAAAAUAAAAUAAUGUUAAUUUUGAUGGUAAAAUCGCAUUCGUCAACCUGUUAUCAAGGCAAAAUGUUACUCAAAUACAAACACACACACAAAACAUUGUGAGAGGCAUCAAUAAUAGUACCGUUGCACAAACUCUCCCCAAAUCCCCUCCCAAAUGCUGCAAAAUGUAUUUAAUAUCAUAUCGAUUUUUCUAGUUAAGUUUGUUUCUAUUUUGAUGGAGUCUAGCAACAACAAAAAAAGCAAAACAAAUAAACUAAACAAAUACACGCUGCAAAAACACUGUGGAACGAGAUAAUAAGAAUGUCCAAUAAGAGGCGCAAUAUUAAAUAGACACUAUAUAUUUAUUAGGCCAAGCAGAUAACGAAAAACAAAGUUAUGCAAAGUAUAUAUCAUUUAAUAAAUUCGUGCAUAUGUGAAAACAAACAAGUUCAGUGAUAAAACACAAUGGUAUUACGAGAGAUCUUUAACAAAAGUAUGUACAUAGAGCAUCGCUUCCAGAGAAAUCAAAAUAAAUUAUUUAAAAAUAUAUAUGCAGUUAUGAGUAAAAUUUAGUUCGAUUUGUUACAUUGUUUUCUAUCAAUUGUUACACAAAGGAACAGAAAGAAAUGAUAUAUCAGAGAUCGCAAAUGGAAGCAGUCAAUCUAACAAACACACACACGUACGAAGAAAGACAGAGAAAAAGAAAAUAUAAUCAAUCACAAGACACACAACAAUACACAACAUCAAAAACUACUAAAACAAAAGUGAAACAAACGAAAAACCCGAAACCAAUGGAAGAAAGAGAGAAAAUAUUUAAAGCAAAACAAACAAACACACGUCAGAAGCGCUUUUUUUGUAAAACUGUGUGUUUAUUCAUGUAUCAAAGCGGAUGAGAAAACCAAAACAAAACCCCAGCAAAAACAAAAGAAGCUAUGUUUCAGCAGAGCAAAACAAUACGAAGCAUACAAUAAGUGAAACCAUGUGUGAGUGUAAGUUGUUUAAUCAAAGAGACAAACAAAAAAGAACAAACUUAAAAUCAAGCGCAAACAACAAAACCAGCAAA